GGCCCGGCCGGCGCAGAGGCGGCCAAGCAGUGCAGUCCCUGCUCGGCGGCGGCGCAGAGCUCGUCGGGGCCCGCGGCGCUGCCCUACGGCUAUUUCGGCAGCGGCUACUACCCGUGCGCCCGCAUGGGCCCGCACCCCAACGCCAUCAAGUCUUGCGCGCAGCCCGCCUCGGCCGCCGCCGCAUUCGCCGACAAGUACAUGGAUACUGCUGGCCCCGCGGCAGAGGAGUUCAGCUCCCGCGCUAAGGAGUUCGCCUUCUACCACCAGGGCUACGCGGCCGGGCCUUACCACCACCAUCAGCCAGUGCCUGGCUAUCUGGAUAUGCCGGUGGUGCCGGGCCUCGGGGGCCCCGGCGAGUCGCGCCACGAGCCCCUGGGUCUUCCUAUGGAAAGCUACCAGCCCUGGGCGCUGCCCAACGGCUGGAACGGCCAAAUGUACUGCCCCAAAGAGCAGGCGCAGCCUCCCCAUCUGUGGAAGUCCACUCUGCCCGACGUGGUCUCGCAUCCCUCAGAUGCCAGCUCCUACAGGCGGGGGAGAAAGAAGCGCGUACCUUACACCAAGGUGCAAUUAAAAGAACUUGAACGGGAAUAUGCUACAAACAAAUUCAUUACCAAGGACAAACGGAGGCGGAUAUCAGCCACAACGAAUCUGUCUGAGCGGCAGGUCACAAUCUGGUUCCAGAACAGAAGGGUCAAAGAGAAAAAAGUCAUCAACAAACUGAAGACCACUAGUUAA